CCGUGCGCUCUCACUCCCUCCGCUCCUGCCUCCUCGGAGGCGCACUAAGACUAGUGAGUAAAAGUGGACGUGUGGACGUACUCUGGGCUCCUGUUUAUUUAUUCUCCUCCAGUUUUUUGUUCAGAAAGAUGAUUCUUGGAUUGAUAUUAUAUUUGAAAGUUGGAUCCACGUGACUGAAUGGUCAUCAUUCAUGGUUUCUUUUGGUGCGACGGAGUGAUGCAGAGUGGGAAGGAUCGGAUUGGGAAUAAAACUUGGGUUGCGCGCUGGCAUGGCACGUCAGGUGUUCCGGCGCUCGGAUAGAGGCGCUUUCUUUCUGUCAUGGUGUCAACACCCGCGGUGAGGUCGCCUGGAGCACUAUGGAGGAAGGAAAAAGACUUUUCUUCUGUCUUAUCUUCGCGGCGCAGCUCUGCCUGAGCUCAACACAAGUCCUCCGGAUCGGUGGUAUUUUUGAGACCAGGGAGAGCGAGUUAGUGAGUAUGGAUGAGCUGGCGUUCAAGUUUGCUGUAAAUAACAUAAACCGCAACAAGACCCUGAUGCCCAACACCACGCUCACCUACGACAUUCAGAGGAUCAACCUCUUCGACGGCUUUGAGGCUUCCAGGAGAGUGUGUGACCAGCUCGCUCUCGGGGUGGUCGCAGUGUUCGGUCCUUCUCACAGCUCCUCCGUCAGCGCUGUUCAGUCCAUCUGCAACGCUCUGGAGGUCCCUCACAUUCAGACCCGCUGGAAACACCCGUCAGUGGACAACAAAGACACCUUCUUCAUCAACCUGUAUCCCGAGUACACCGCCAUCGCCAGGGCCAUCCUGGACGUGGUCACUUUCUUCAAAUGGCGGAAGCUGACGGUGGUUUAUGAGGACAGCACGGGUCUGAUGCGGAUGCAGGAGUUGAUCAAGGCUCCGGCAAAGUACAACCUGAAGAUCAAGAUCCGCCAGCUGACCCCGGGCAACCAAGACGCCCGACCGCUGCUUAAAGAACUAAAGAAAGACAAGGAGUUUUUUAUUCUCUUUGACUGCUCCUAUCGCAUGGCUGCGGAGCUCCUCAAGCAGCUGUCAUCAAUGGGAAUGAUGACCGAGUACUACCAUUUCUUCUUCACGACUUUGGAUUUGUUUGCCUUGGAUUUGGAGCCGUACCGCUACAGCGGGGUCAACAUGACGGGCUUCAGACUGCUGAAUGUUGAUGACCCGUGGGUAGCCGCCACCAUGGACAAGUGGGCCAUGGAAAGACAGCAGGGUCCCAAACAAGAGAGUGGCCUGAUGGACGGAAUCAUGACUACAGACGCAGCCUUGAUGUAUGAUGCAGUGUUCAUGGUUGCCGUUGCGUCGCAGCGAGCCACUCAGAUGACCGUCAGCUCCCUGCAGUGUCACCGCCACAAACCCUGGCGCUUUGGACCGCGCUUCAUGAACCUCUUCAAAGAGGCACAGUGGGACGGACUGACAGGGCACAUUGUUCUUAAUAAGACAGAUGGCCUGAGGAGAGACUUUGAUUUGGACAUCAUCAGCCUCAAAGAGGACGGCACCUCCAGGGGUGUUGUGGAGGCCGGAAGUCGCCUCACGAAGAGGUGGAUCAAGAUUGCUGUAUGGAACUCGUACAGGGGGAUGAACCUGACGGAGAUGUCCAGCCGAGACAAGAAUAACAAUGUGACGGACUCUCUGGCUAACAGGACUCUUAUUGUCACCACGAUACUGGAAAAUCCAUAUGUGAUGCACAGAAAGUCAGAGCAGGAGCUGAUUGGGAAUGAUCGUUUCGAGGGUUACUGUCUGGACCUUUUGAAAGAGCUCUCCAACAUCUUGGGUUUCACGUAUGAAGUCAGACUGGUGGCUGAUGGGAAAUACGGCGCCCAGAAUGACAAGGGAGAGUGGAGCGGGAUGGUGCGGGAGCUGAUUGACCACGUUGCAGACCUCGCCGUGGCCCCCUUGACCAUCACAUACGUUAGAGAGAAAGUCAUCGACUUCUCUAAGCCCUUCAUGACCUUAGGCAUCUCCAUCCUAUACCGCAAACCUAACGGCACCAAUCCGGGCGUGUUCUCCUUCCUUAAUCCCCUGUCUCCGGACAUCUGGAUGUACGUGCUGCUAGCCUGCACAGGGGUUAGCUGUGUGCUCUUUGUGAUUGCCAGGUUUACUCCGUACGAGUGGUACAACCCACAUCCAUGCAACCCGUCCUCGACUCUGAUACAGAACAAUUUCACUUUACUCAACAGUUUCUGGUUUGGCGUUGGAGCUCUCAUGCGGCAAGGCUCGGAGCUGAUGCCUAAGGCUCUGUCCACUCGGAUAGUCGGGGGAAUCUGGUGGUUCUUCACCUUAAUCAUCAUCUCCUCCUACACGGCCAACUUGGCUGCCUUCCUCACUGUGGAACGAAUGGAUGCUCCCAUCGACUCAGCAGACGACCUGGCGAAGCAGACCAGGAUUGAAUACGGGGCAGUGAGGGAUGGAUCCACCAUGACCUUCUUCAAGAAAUCAAAGAUCUCCACCUAUGAGAAGAUGUGGGCGUUCAUGAGCAGCAGGAAGAACACUGCACUUGUUAAGAACAACAGGGAAGGCAUCACCCGCGUCCUGACGACAGACUACGCCAUGCUGAUGGAGUCCACCAGCAUCGAGUACAUCAGCCAGAGAAACUGCAACCUCACACAGAUCGGAGGUCUCAUAGACUCCAAGGGAUAUGGAGUGGGAACACCUAUAGGGUCUCCAUACAGGGAUAAAGUGACCAUUGCUAUCCUUCAGCUGCAGGAGGAAGGGAAGCUGCACAUGAUGAAGGAGAAGUGGUGGAGGGGCAACGGCUGUCCAGAGGAGGACAACAAGGAGGCCAAUGCUCUGGGCGUGGAAAACAUCGGCGGCAUCUUCAUCGUCUUGGCCGCCGGUCUGGUUCUCUCCGUGUUCGUGGCUAUCGGAGAGUUCAUCUACAAGGCUCGCAGGAACGCCGACAUAGAGGAGUGCGUAUCUUUUAGCGCCGUGAUGGAGGACUUGGGUAUGUCCCUGCAGUGUUACAAAGGCAUCCGGAGGAGGUCGCGACCCCACAGCGCAGCAAGGACAGCGUGCGUCCUCUGUCAACCCAAACGCCCUGCAAAGAGGGAAGGAGCGAGACGGGACUCCAGCACGUGAAAUCUAAACACUGAUGGAACUUGGAUCAGAGACUGCUACCUGAUCGCUCACAUUUGUUUGUGGGCCACCGAAUGAUUUUGAAGUUGUUUCCUCAUCAACCCUGUCUUUAUGUGUCUGGAUAAUACAUUAAGCAUUGUACUUAUAGAUGUAGUUUACAAAGUCUCGGCCUUGUGUCAACAUUAAUUAUGAUAAAACAGGUGAUGACUACGAGAAUAAGAGCUCUCUCAUUGUAUAAACCGUUGCUGUUCCCUCUUGGCUGUAUAGUUCACUGUUCUGAGCAGUUUGCAGAGUUGAAUCUUCACACUUUAUAGAUACUCCCAUUGUGUAAAUGUAUGACAACUUCACUGAUUUUCAAAGUAAAAAGAUUUUUGCAUUUUUU